AUGUGUUCCAGCGAUGAUUUAAUUGUUUUGCCGCACUCCAUGGAUCACACAAUCUUUGAUCUCACCAAGAACUUUGGAAUUAAAGACACAAGCUCGGUUAAAGAAAUGACUGUCAAUGUCACUAAGGAGAAGGUAUUGGAUCUGUUAAAGUGUUCAUUGUUUUCCAAGACACCUCUAACCGAUGUGUUUUUAGGAAUGAAACCUCUUAUUGAGAGAUCAAGGAUUUUCUCUUGUGAUGUUAAAGACCUUAUCAGUGGUGAUAUGAAUAUCACUGUGAAGCUAGUCAUAAGAAAAUCAGAUGAUGUUAUAUUGUAUGCUCAAGGGGGACAGGAUUUUGCCGAGUUGAUUAUACGAUUUCUAACUUUUCCGUUGGGCGGAGUUUUACGCAAGUUAGAGGGGAAUUAUUCUUUGGGUAGUAUUGAUGGAUUUUGCAAAAGCAUAGACGAUUUAAAUGAAGACGAGUAUUUCAUUUUCAAAGAACCAAAGAAAAGGCUUCUGGGGCUAAAUGUUAUGCAUUAUUAUUGUUAUUUUCAACGCGAUACUACUCCCAAUCAAAGAAAAACUGAGGUCACACUUUUCAAAAGUAAUGAAGUUUGUAAUGACGGGCACAAUUUGAAAAAAAUGAAUUUGGUUAAUACCAUUACCAUACCGCCUACAGAACGUCCUGGAAGUUAUAUCAAGACACCAAAAAUGUAUAUGGUUACAGAUGAUCUGGUCAUAGAGCCGUUGUUGUCUCCAAUUUCAUCUGUAUUUUUACUUGACCGUUUCAAAAUUUCUCUUAAUGAUUUGGAGGAAAAAGUUGUCACCAUUGGCAUCAAAGAGAGUCUAAGCAUAUUUAAGGAAGCUUUAAACUCAACAUCUGCACUCACAAAUGGUCUCCGUCACCUGUUUACCCAAGUUAAGAAGGAGAAAUAA